GUCCAGCUCCCCUCCGCAGCCCUGUAUGCCCAGGCCCAGUGUUUUGGCUAGCUGGGUUCAGGCUGGUAAGCUUACAUGCGGGAGAAGAAGUCGACUCUUACUACGGAGUACGUAUUUCGACGCUCUGUCAUUCUUCCAACGAGGAACCAACCCCUUCAUCAAAUCAUAUAUCGGAUGCUUGCAGCCACGUUUCCCACCCAUACCCCAUACCCCAACAAUUGCCACCGGGAUGGCUACUCCCGUCUUUCAAGGAAGGCGGGGGUAACUAUUAUUACUAUUUUUGCUCUGUAAAAGUUAGUUGUUUGGACCAUGCAAGAUCCAAGAAAAUGUUCCGGGACAAGGCGAUUCUCAAUUCCUGGGGUCCCUUGACUUAGGGCAAGACAUCC